UGGCAAGGAGAGAAAGAGAGACUUUGCAGGAAGAUAUACAGAGAUAGAAACAGAGGCAGACAGACAGACAGAGAGAGAGAGAGAGAGAGAGAGAGAGAGAGAGAGCUAUGGAGUCAUUUCCAGUAAUUAACAUGGAGAAGCUCAAUGGUGAGGAGAGAGGUGCCACCAUGGAGUUGAUUAGAGAUGCUUGUGAGAACUGGGGCUUCUUUGAGAUGGUGAACCAUGGGAUGUCACAUGAGCUGAUGGACACAGUGGAGAGGCUGACCAAGGAGCACUACAAGAAGUGUAUGGAGCAGAGGUUCAAGGAGUUGGUGGCAAGCAAGGCCCUUGAAGGUGUUGAAACUGAAAUCGAAGACAUGGACUGGGAGAGCACCUUCUUCUUGCGCCACCUCCCUGACUCCAACAUGUCUGAAAUUCCUGAUCUUGAUGAUGAUUACAGGAAAGCAAUGAAGGAAUUUGCAGUAGGAUUGGAGAAAAUGGCAGAGCAACUACUAGAACUACUGUGUGAGAAUCUGGGUCUUGAGAAAGAUUACCUCAAGAAGGCCUUCUGUGGAUCCAAGGGCCCAACUUUUGGGACUAAGGUGAGCAACUACCCACCUUGCCCUCGCCCUGAGCUGAUCAAAGGGCUCCGUGCUCACACCGAUGCCGGAGGAGUCAUCCUGCUCUUCCAGGACGACCAGGUUAGCGGCCUCCAGCUGCUCAAAGAUGGCCAAUGGAUCGAUGUCCCUCCUAUGCGCCACUCCAUUGUUAUCAACCUUGGAGACCAACUCGAGGUGAUCACAAAUGGGAAAUACAAGAGUGUGAUGCACAGGGUGAUAGCCCAAACAGACGGCAACAGAAUGUCGAUUGCAUCAUUCUACAACCCGGGUAGCGAUGCAGUGAUAUACCCAGCACCAGAAUUGGUGGCCAAGAACAAAGAGGAACAGGCAGAAGUGGAUUCCGAUGAUCAGCAAUGCCAGGUGGUUUAUCCAAAGUUUGUGUUUGAGGACUACAUGAAGCUGUACGCAGGGCUUAAGUUUCAGGCCAAGGAGCCAAGGUUUGAGGCCAUGAAGACCAUGAAAUCUACUGUCACCUUAGGGGGUCCCAUUGCCACAGUUUAAAGAUCGAGUUAGAGAGUUAAGACUCGGAAAUGAAUGCAUCCAUUUAUGAUAUUUAUUUACAGUGAAGCUUGGUGUUUGUUUCGUGUGUGUCUGGUUUUAAUACUUAAUUAGUCCUAGUGGGUUUGUGAAUGUCUCUCUUUGUGGUCGUCCAGCUUAUAUAUGGAAAUAUUUACUGUAAUUGAUGUGUUAAUCUCAGUAUAUAUACUUUGUAGUUAAGGUCAUACAAGAGAAAUUAAUCUCUCUUCUUUGUCUCCAAA